GUUAACCACCUCAACUCUGAUGAGCAUUUGCCACUGACUGAAUGAUGGGUAGUCGUCACCAACAAUCACAAACAGGUCGACGUUUUGCAAUAGACUGGACGGAUACGGAGCAGUGCAGCCUUUGACAGAAAAUAUCAGCACAUCAGCACGCGACCGGAUGCCAUAUCAGUUAACGAAGUCCAUUGCAUACCCUUACUGCAGCCCAAAGCCUGAGACCAUCACCUAGCCUGGCCAUGUGGGAUCAACUGCAAUUGAUCCGGUAGUCUACGUCGUGAUGUCGAUGCGAGUUCUGAUUCACGACUAUCCCCACCGUACAGUGGCAUUAGCGACGGACGAGCAUGUCUUGAUAUUCCGACAUACCCAUACUCCGCCAGAGAACGGACGAAGCUCAAGUUCAACCAGUCUGCCGUUGUCGCUCAAUUCUGCGCGUUCUAAUACGACGCCACGCUGUAUGGUGGAGUUCGCCGAGAGGUCAUCCAUCGACUUGAACCACUUUCACUCAGUGACUACUGCUAAGGGCACUCUGGGUCUGAUCACGCUCAACAACGAUGUCUUCCUUUGUGUCAUUACAGGGUCGGAAGAAGUUGCAUCGGUAAGGCGAGGAGAGACAGUGCAGAAGAUAUACGCUGUCGAAUUCUAUUGUCUCAACCGAGCAGACUACGACCACGCCCAUGGGCCUUAUCCAAACCCCUAUCCAGGACAAUCCUUCCAGUCUGAUGAUGUCGACUAUGGCGGAGGCUACGAUCAAGGCGACUCUACAGCCGAACACCCAUUUCACGCUUUGCAGAAGCUUCUCAGUAAUGGCCAUUUUUAUUAUAGUCUCGAUUUUGAUCUUACCCGUCGCUUACAAGAUCGAGCCGACGUCGACUCCGCCAUCGACAUAUCCAGCCUGGACGAAGGCCUCCUCUGGAACUCGUACAUGAUCGACCCACUCCUCAAAUUCCGCAGCAGGCUCGCCGACCACGAACGCUUUGCCCUCGACCACUCUCGCCUUCUCACCUCCGUGAUUCGGGGCUUCGUCAAGAGUCUCCCAGUCCCACCGUCGUCAUCACCCAUCCGAGCCACAGCGCCGGGCCUCCCAGCGACAUUAACCGUCAUAUCGCGCCUCUCAUCGCGCCGGGCCGGCACACGCUUCAAUUCCCGAGGCGUCGAUGACAACGGAAACGUUGCCAAUUUCGUCGAGACCGAAACGGUCUUUUGGUCGCCGGCGGGCCUGUGUUUCUCGUACACCCAAAUCCGCGGAAGCAUUCCUAUUUUCUGGGAGAGUUCGUCCAGCUUGAUCCCCGGACAGCAGAAGAUCCAAAUCACACGCUCACCCGAAGCCACUCAGCCCGCGUUCGACAAGCACUUCUCCAUGCUCGAACGGACGUACGGCGCCGUACAUAUCGUCAACCUGCUCAGCGCGUUCAAGCCUGGCGAAGUCGAACUCACAGAGCGGUAUCGGCAGCAUGUCACGCGGAGUCCCCUCCGACGGCACGAGGAAGGUGAAGAAGAGGAACACCAUUUACUCCGGGAGACUGAAUUCGACUUUCAUGAGCGCACGAAAGGCGCGACCGGGUACGAAGGGGCACGGGCGAUCCGGCCGUACCUCGACUCCAGUGCGGAGAGUUUCGUGUACUUUCUGGCCGAAGAGGUCAGUGAGGAGACCAUUGUACAUGGGAAACGGACAACGGUCAAGAGACCCAUCGUGAUAAUGCAGCAGAACGGCGUGUUCCGGGUAAACUGCCUGGAUUGUCUGGACAGGACGAACUUGAUCCAGGGCAUGAUCAGCCAGAUGGCUCUCGAGCUUUUUAUGUCACAUAGGGGCGAAAGCGGAAGUUCGGAUUUUUGGAUGCGACAUUCUGCGCUGUGGGCCGACAAUGGCGACACGCUAAGCAAGAUAUACGCGGGGACCGGGGCGUUGAAGAGUAGUUUCACACGGCACGGGAAGAUGAGUCUGGCGGGGGCCAUUGCCGAUGCAAGGAAGAGCGCGACCCGGUUGUACGUGAACCACUUUGAGGACAAGAAUCGGCAGAAUACGGUGGAUUUGUUGCUCGGGCGGCUUGUGGGCCAGAACAGCGUGGAUUUGUUCGAUCCAAUUAAUGACUGGGUGGUUGCUGAAGUGGGACGGCGGAGGGCCGAGUUUGAGACGAGAGAUACGAUCAAAUUGGGCGUGGGCACGUUCAACUUGAAUGGGAGAAUCAGUGGGGCACAGGAGGAUUUGAGUCCUUGGUUAGCAGCUAGAGAGAGAGGGCUCGAUGUGGUUGUUGUGGGCUUCCAGGAGAUUGUCGAGUUGAGUCCGCAACAGAUAAUGAGUACAGAUCCGAAUCGGCGGAUGAUGUGGGAGAGGACGGUGAGGGAUUGUUUGAAUGGACAUACGCCGGGCGAUGAGAAUGAAAAGGGUAUUGAGAUGGUCGGUAGGGCGAAAGGGGCUGAUGAUUACGUACUGCUCCGGAGUGGGCAGCUGGUUGGAGCAGCAUUGCUCGUCUUUGUCAGGUCGAGUAUCCUGGCACGGAUCAAGAAUGUCGAAGGCGCGAUCAAGAAGACCGGGAUGAGUGGGAUCGCGGGGAACAAGGGCGCCGUGGCCAUUAGGAUGGAUAUUGAGAGUACAAGCGUGUGCUUUGUCACGGCGCAUUUGGCGGCUGGGUUUGCGAAUUAUGAAGAACGAAACCGCGACUACCAGACCAUUACAGCCGGUUUGAGGUUUCAACGGAACAGGAGUAUCGAAGACCAUGAGAUCGUCGUUUGGGCGGGAGAUUUCAACUACCGAAUCGGUCUUGGAUAUGAAAAGGUCAAGGCGUUGGUCAAUGAGGCGAUGAUUGGGAAUGAAAAGGUCCGAGAAGAUGCUUUGGGGAGAUUGUAUGAGAACGACCAGCUCAAUAUCCAGAUGGUGGUGGGUAAUUGUUUCAACUUCUACCGCGAGGGGAGAGUCAAGUUCUUGCCGACGUACAAGUACGACAUUGGGAAGGAUGAAUUCGAUUCCAGUGACAAGCAGAGAAUACCGGCGUGGACGGAUCGGAUCCUGUGGAAGGUCAAUCACAAGGGGAAUUUUGUGCAAGGCGGAGAAGUAUUGGGUUCGCAGAUGAAACAGCUGGAGUAUGAUAGUGUGAUGAGCUUGAGGUUCAGUGAUCAUCGGCCGGUGUAUGCGGUCUUCGAUAUGGGCAUACUGGUCGUCGAUGAGAAGAAGAAGGAUGACUUGACGAGGAGAUUGUACAGCAAAAGGGCCAAGGAGAUGAAAGCCAAGGGUGCUGGAGCGGGAGAUUCCACAGAGGGCUUGAGUAUCUCGGACACGGUGGAUGGCAGUGAUGAAGAUGAGAUGGAGAGUCUGGGUGGCUACACGAGUAUCCAGGAAGGAUUGCCGCCUGCGAGCAGUGAUAAGAGGAAGUGGUGGCUGGAUGGGAACAAGACGGCACGGAGUACGCUGCGGGCGCCUCAGGACGGCAUGAUGUUGAACAAAGAUCGACCGGCAAAUCCGUGGAAAGAAAAGGAGGGAGGUGAGGACGAUUGGGUCAAGGUUGAAAGACCGCAGAAGCCGACGCCGCCUCCGUCGAGAGGGACAAGAAGGAUGGUUCCGCCGCCGUGGGAGGGUGAGAGUAGAGUGUCGUCGUCUUCGGGUGGCGCAAAACAACUCGAGGUCGAAAAGACGAGACGUCCAGCGCUGCCGCCGCCAACGCCGACGCCCAGAGGAGUGUCAGCGACGAGAACGAGAGCUGUAACAUCGAGUGCGGCGUCUUCGCCAGCGAGGUCCGCACCAGGACGAGACUCGCCGCAGAUACCCAUGAGAUCGUCUUCGACAGCGACGAAGAAACAACCACCUCCGAAACCGGUCAAGCCUUCUACUCUGACAACGUCGUCCAGCCAGACCGCCGUGCCUCAGGUGAGUCCACUUCCCGCACCGGUCCUGCCACGCCUAGCCAGUCUGUCGCGGCAGGAUGGCAUUGUGUCGCUUGAGCCAGCGACAAAACCGAGACAAGAACGAGAACAAGAACAAGAACAAGAAAGACCGCCGCCACUGCCAAAACGUACAGGCACAAUGAGUUCGACAGCGUCCUUCGUCAGUGCGCCAGACAUAGCAACGAGUCCAACCACCAAUGGAUCCCAGAGAGGCGUCGUCGUAGCACCACUGCCGCCUCCGAGAAAGGAUACCUCGAGCUCUCCGAGUGCCACCACGCUACCGGCGCCUCCAACAACGAGGAUGACCCCGUUGCAGCAGUAUCAACAACGAAUACGCGAGGGUACUGGAGGCUUUGACAAUAUUCAUGGCAGCAGCAUGGUGCUGUCAUCCUCACCACCGCCGGCACCGGCAAGCAGUAGGCCGAGCGAAGCAGCCGAGAAACCUGGUCCGCCGUUGCCGUCUCGACGGCAGAGCGAACGGGGAAGUGCGGCAGGACUUAUGGACCAAGAUGAUGACACUAACACUGCGGCCAGGGGCGGGUUGAAUGAUAGGUACAAGCCUCUCAUGCCUGGUUGAACAGUGGACUGGUCAAUACGGAUGCCUCGAGCGAAAUAAAUCUCUGUCGUGCAGUGAGCGGGGGUUGGGUUGGUCAGGGCUCCAGGACGUGAGGUCCUAUAACUUGGCUGUCCGUGGGCUACGCAAGACCUGUGCUACUGUGGUACGCAUGCAUGGCUGGCCGGCUGCGAUGCUGGAAAAGUAAAAGACCGUAGACUAAAGGACAUUCUUAUGACCAAGAAAAACGAUACGAAGCGAAAGGGCACAUUGGUAUAGAAAUGACAGAUAAAUUCUAAAC